CGAGGCUGGAACGAAGAACGACCAGGAAAACCAGAACCAAAAAGUUCAAAUACAAAUACGUACCGUAGCACAAACUGUAGUGCUCCGUGCUUUGCGCUUUGUGCUUUAGUCGACAGACAACGAACCAACACAACCAUGGUCUGGUCUUGUUUUUACUGCACCUACGACAACGACAACGAUGCAACCACGCAGUGUGAUCUCUGUGGGAUGCCGGGGAAUCGGGUUUCCAAAAACAAAAACAAGGCAGAGAAGGACGGGAAGGCAAAAGCCGCCCAGACCAACGCCGCCGACGUCGUCGAUCUCACGACGACAAGCCCGCGAAACGGCCGGAACCAACCCCGACAAAGACCGGUUUUGGACCUCGCGUCCACCGGAAGCGAUCCACUCCUGCCUUCCCGGAAACGAAAGGCUCCGUUCGGCAAUGGGAGCCAGAGCAAUCCUUCCGAGAGCAGAACCAAAAGCCCAAAACUCGAGGCUUGCGUUUCGAACCGAGUCUCGGUGCUCGGGAGAAGGCAACCACCGAAACCUCCCAAGCGGAGAGAACCGCAGCCACAGGCUUCCCAGAGACAGUCCACGCUUCCCUUCUCGUCCCAGUCCGGGGACUCUUCGUCGCCCUUUUCCCACGGGCACGUCUUUUGCCACACCCUGCGCAAGGCCGAGCCAGCAAUCGGAGACACGGAGGUCCGGCGCGUCCUGCGGACCGUCUUUGGGCUCGAGUCCCUCCGGCCGAACCUGCAGCCCCUGGCCAUCCGAUGCGCCCUGGAGGGCAAGUCGCAGAUGGUCGUCCUGGCGACGGGCGGGGGAAAGUCCCUCUGCUACCAGCUCCCGGCCUGCCUCCUGGGAGGCGUCACCGUCGUGAUCUCGCCGCUCCUGGCCCUCAUGAAGGACCAGGUGGAGGCCCUCCUGCAGAAGGGGAUCCCGGCCGCCUGCAUCAACAGCUCACAGACCGAAAAAGAAAACAAGGCCAUCCUCGAGCGGCUGGUCCCGGCCCUGUACCCCAGGAGCCUGGGCAGAGGCACCGCCGCAACAAAAAAGACCGAGGGCGGCGGCGGCGGCAGCAGCAAAAACAACCGCAUCGAGAACGAGAACGUUGCCGUGGCACUGGCGCAACCCGCGGUCCUGCUCUACGUCACUCCCGAAUCCAUUCAGACGGAGCGCAUGCGCGCCGUUCUGAAAACCCUGUACAAGGAACAGAGGCUGACCCUCUUUGCGGUGGACGAAGCGCACUGCCUGUCGUCGUGGGUACGUUUCGCACCGAGGUCGUCGUUCUUGCUGCUCUUGGUGGUGCUGUGCUGUGCUGUUUGUGGAUGCGAUUGCGAUUGCGAUUGCGAUCGAUUGUGAUUCGUUUCGUUUCGUUUCGUUUCGAAAGUGAGGAAACGCAGAAAACGACGAGUUUCGAUACCACGAAUCUGUUUUUGUUUCCUAUGAGCCAGCUUUAUUUCUGUCAAUCUAUCGAUUGCCUGCCCAAAGGGAUCAACCAGCUUGAAAACUGCUUUCAAUCCUAAUCUUUUUGCUUUCGUAUUUCAUUCCCGUUCCCAUGGAUUCCAAAACGAAACAAAUCAAACGAAAAAACAGGGGCAUGACUUUCGAUCCAGCUAUCGCAAGCUAAACUAUCUACGAACCACCUUUCCCGAGACAAUCUGCAUGGCGCUUACCGCAACCGCAACACCCAAAGUUAUAGAGGAUAUUCGAAGCGAACUCUCCCUACCAAAAUCCAAUCUACACAUUGGCAGCUUUGACCGCCCAAACAUAUUUUACAAGGUCAAAUACAAGGACGCACUCGACAAUCCGCUCAAGGAGUUGGUCAAGAUCGUCACGAAGCGACACAAUUCGGCAAGCGAGUGCAGCGGAAUUGUGUACGUCCACAAACGAGAAGACACCGCCAUGAUUGCCCGGGCCAUCUCCAGGGCCGGGAUCACUGCAUCGGCCUACCACGCAGGGCUCAAGAAGGCCGAUCGAAUCGCCGUCCAGGACGGAUGGUCCAGCGGAGACAUUAAGGUGGCGGUGGCAACCGUUGCCUUUGGAAUGGGCAUCGAUCGCCACUGCGUACGCUACGUUAUCCACUGGAAUCUGCCAAAGACAGUCGAGGGAUUCUACCAAGAAGCGGGUCGUGCCGGACGAGACGGCUUGCCUUCACAUUCGUAUCUGUUCUACGCACCGGAGGACGUGAUCAAGUACAAGUACCUGAUUCGCAUGCAAGGCGGCAAGAAAAAUGCCAGCGCGGCCGAGGAGCUCAGGGCAGAAAAGAACACGGAACGGAAACUCGGGCAGCUAGAGGAAAUGCAAGACUACUGCACCAAGGCGAAGUGCCGACGGAACGUCCUCAUCAAGCAUUUCGGUGGGAAACCCGUCGAUUGUAAGAAGACCUGCGACUUUUGUGCCAACCCGAAAAAGGUGGAACGAAGCAUGCAUGCCUCUGCCGCCAUCAAGGACGUGCGGAGGCAGCAAAAGGGGUUUGCGGGAAGGGGCAAGAAAGCGGGAGGCAAAGGGAAAGAGCCAUGGAACGGGCAAUGGGACAGACCACACGGCGAUUUCGGAAACGAGGACAACAUUGCAAACGACUGGGGGGACAAUUGUUUGAUGGCUGGAGAUCUGCGAAUCACAGGUCCCCUUGGAGGAGAUUCGGAAGAUUUCAAUCCUUCCUUUGCUUCGAACAAACUACCCGGGAAAGGUUUCUCCAAGGCUUCCGACAUUCUGUCAAAGUACGAGGCGAUAGAGGGUCGCUACGGUGGCGACAGCCGGGACGAUCCACCCAAAAACAAGUCCACGUCCAUCAACAUCCCUGAGCAUCUAAGGGCAUCUCUCAAAGCAGCAUCGGACUUUACUACCGCCAACAAUAUUGCUUCGAAGAAGAAAGUGACCAAGCCGCUAAAGAGUAGCGAUCACGCCAACAACGCAAAGCAAAUCGAGGAGCGUCUAGCGAAACUGAAGGCCGCUCGAGAAGAACGGCUGAAGUCGUUUCAGGCCAAGACGCGAGCGAAGCCGGCUCCCCCUCCGCCGGCCCCCUUGAGUUUCGGAAGCCGGAAACGGAAAUAGACUCGGGAUUAUUUUCCGCGGGGGCAUUCAGUCUACAAUACUUAAACGCGAUGCAAAGGCUGUCCCCUUGUAGAGAUUGCUCACCUCUGAAAUUAAGUUGAAUAGAAGCACAUUCUUACU